AUGGGGCCGAUCAAUCGAGUCCAAAGAGUUGGAGCACAAGCCAUUGUGGGGGCAUUCCUCACGGUCGCGACCAGCGUAGCGGAGGCGGAGGCCCACAUUGCCACCGCACGACACCGAUUCUGGAGACGGGCCGUGAAGAUGUGGACAGACAUGCAUACCCUGCCUGAAACUAACCCGCUCCGCAGGGGCACAGACCGGAUCAGAAAGUUCAGACGAUAUCAUCGCUCGCCGCUGUAUCAUGUAGCGGACGCGCUUAAGCAUUUCGAUAUGGAGACACUGGAAACAAUCAACCCGUUCACGUUGGCCCCCUGGGACGAACGCGUGCAGGCCAAUGUUGAUGGACAAGAUGAGCCUCAGACUGAAGCGGGCGGAUUGAUGCAGAUCGCGCUCAGCAGCUCGGCACGGAACGAGCUGGUGGGGUUUGGAGUCGCAAGCGAGAAACAGCCUCCUAGAAAUCGAAAAUUGAAGCUCAAAACCUUUUCCACCACAUUGGGCGCGAGAGCAGAGCAAAACCCGUUCUCUGCAGAGCUGGCAGCCAUGGCACAUGUGUUGAAAAUGGUAGUGGGAAUCAAAGACUACAAAAUUACGUUGCUCACAAGCAACAAGGCGGCGGCGCUCACGCUAAGGAACCUCGACGACAGUCUGGCCAGGAGUUGUAAGCUGUUAGGUCUGGCUAAAGAACAGGCCAGAGCUGCGACACAAGAAGAUGCUCUCCCACAAGAACGCGUCCCGAGGAUGAAGUCGACAACAUUGAAUAUCGCACGGUCCCAAGCAGUCCCCAGCAGUGAGCUACCAGAGAACAUAGGAAGACACGCAAAACGAGUAGAUGCCGCACUGCCAGGCAAACACACCCGGCAGUUGUAUGAUCGCCUAAUGUGGAAAGAAGCGAGCGUACUGGCCCAACUCCGAACCGGCAUGGCUAGACUCAAUGGAUAUCUCAAUCAAAUUAAUGUUGUAGAGACGGAUCAAUGCGAUUGCGGACAAGCAAGAGAGACCGUGGAGCACUUCCUCUUCCGCUGUCGGAAGUGGACUGCGCAUCGGACGGAACUAUUAGAAUGCACCCAGACUCGCCGAGGAAACAUCUCCUUCGCCCUUGGGGGGAAGCAGUCUUCUGAUGAUCAGAAGUGGACGCCAAAUCUAGAGGCAGUACAGGCCUCCAUACGUUUCGCCAUCACGACGGGCCGACUCAAGGCUACUUGA